AUGAUCAGAAAUUUGGGUCGCAGCUUGGGCUCUACCGCGUCGGUAGCCUUGAGGAAAAAUUUAGCUCCAAAAAGAGCUCCCCUAAGGUCGUUUUCGGGUGGAAAGUUCUUGUUGAAUAGCAAGAAAGAUGAACCCAAGGCGAAGUCCAUCCUAACUGAGGACUUGCUCGCUAGGGCUGGUGUGGAUGUGGAAGCCCCAAACAACGGCGAAAAAACGCAGCGCAAGACAGCCGAUGAACCAUUAGAAAACGAAGGCGAGCCAGCGAAAGACAGCUCUGGGAGACGCAAAAGAAGAAGGCAAACAUCUACCGACAUCAAACGUGAACGUUACGCCAACUGGUUCUACAUUGGAUCGUUCGCUGCUCUUGCUGGUGGUGCUGCUUAUUUGGCACGCGACUGGGAGGACAGUGAGGCGGAAGAGCUGAAACGGGAGGCGGAUAACGGAUACACACCAGAGUUGAUGUACAAGAGGUCGAAGGCCCGCUUCAACUCCUUGUUUUCGUAUUUCCAAGAGCCACCCUUCCCAGACCUCUUACCACCCCCUCCUCCUCCUCCUUACCAAAGACCCUUGACGUUGGUUUUAAGUCUUGAAGACGUGUUAGUGCAUUCGGAAUGGACCAAGGAGCAUGGCUGGAGAACCGCCAAGAGACCAGGUUUGGACUACUUCUUGGGGUACCUGUCGCAAUAUUACGAAAUUGUACUAUUCUCUUCCAACUACAUGAUGUACUCCGAAAAAGUGGCGGAGAAACUAGACCCAAUCCAUGCUUUCAUUACCUACAAUCUCUACAAAGAACACUGUCUUUACAAAGACGGUGUGCACAUUAAGGAUCUUUCCAAGCUGAACAGAGACUUGGGAAAAGUUGUCAUUGUGGAUUGUGACCCCAACUCUUACAAGUUGCAACCGGAAAACGCAUUGCCAUUGAAGCCAUGGGAUGGAAAGGCUGACGACAACCUUUUGAAGCUGAUUCCAUUCUUGGAGUAUCUUGCCACCCAACAGAUGGAUGACGUGAGACCCGUCCUCAAUAGUUAUAGCGACAAAUACCAAGUUCCCCAAGAAUUUGAGCGUCGUGUGGCUGUCCUCAAGGAGAAGUUCUACAAGGAUCAAGAAGUGAAGGCCAGUAGCAACUGGGCUUUGAAAGCGCUCGGUGUCGGUGCCGUGGGAAGCUCCAAGGCCAAGUUUCCUCUCGAUUUGCUAAGAGAAGAGGGUGAAAAGAAUUAUGUUCGUUUCAUGCAAUUGAUCGAGGAAGAGAAAGAAAAGAUCAAACUCCAGCAGGAACAAAUGGGGGGACAGACCUUCACGCUCAAGGACUACGUGGAGGGUAAUCUACCUUCACCCGAGGAGCAGAUGCAGUUGCAGAUGGAAAAGCAAAAGGAGUUUGAGUCUCAAUAUGAACAGAACAAAGUCGCCGCCCAGGCAUCCGCCUCUCAAUCCCAAAAAUAG